GUGGUGACGUUGUAAAAACCCGGAAGUAGUGGCUGGAGGAUCUUGGUUACGUUUGGGGUCAGUGUCAAAAUGGGUGUUAAAAUCGAAGUUUUCAGAAUGAUGCUGUAUCUGUCCUUUCCUGUGACCAUGUUUUGGAUUUCAAAUCAAGCAGAAUACUUUGAGGAAUACGUGAUAAAGAGAAAGAGGGAGAUCUUCCCACCUAACGAGGCACAAAAUAGGAAAGAGUUGGAGGAUUUUAAGGAGCGAAUACGUGUUCGUAGGGAGCGGAAAUUAUUGAAAGAUAUUUCUGUGGAAACCGAAAACUGACAAUUAUGUGUUGAAGAAAUUCACAAGUUCCCUACACUGAUUGAGGACUAUCUCCCAGUGUUUUCUGAGAAACAGAAAACUGAUUGGACUGCAGUAAGACAACAUCUUAUUGAAACUCUUCCCAAAUAUGUGCUGGAUGGUUUCCAAUACAUAUACCCAACAGGCCUAAUGUGACGUUUCAUUUUCAUGUUCAAGUUUUUCUGUUGUAUUUAAAUGCUUGAUCAAUUGAGUUUCUG